CAGACCUGAGUACUUCUUCCACCUCUGUUAGUGACGGAUGUUUUGUGUGUCCGCAGUGCGACAGUACGCAGAUAUCUGCCUCUUCAACACGGCGCAGUACAAAUGUCCGGUGGCCACCGAGGAGUCAGACGAUCUCGUUGCUCCCAGUUCGACGUUCUGCAAAGUUUUCACCCUCACUCCGUUUCUGGCCAGCAACCGGGAGAAGCGAGGCCUGGCUCUGGACGGGAAGCUGAAGCACGAGGACACCAACCUGGCCUCCAGCACACUGUUGAGGGAAGGAGCCAAUAAGGAGAUCCUCGGCAUUAUCGUGUCGUACAAAGUCAAAGUGAAGCUGGUCGUGUCUCGAGGCGGGCUCCUGGGAGAUCUGGCGGCGAGUGACGUCUCUGUGGAGCUGCCGUUCACGUUAAUGCACCCGAAGCCGCUAGAGGAGUCGUUCUACAGAGACGCAGUACCAUAUUCUCUGAUGUUUCUUUGCUUGUUUUGUUAUAAACUCACUCACUCCCCCCUUCCCUCCUUCCUCUCCUAUAGCGACGAUGACAUCAUCUUCGAAGACUUCGCCCGCCAGCGACUGACCGCCGAAGCGAAUGACGACGAAGACGAGGAGCCUGUGGAUUCGCCAAAACUGGACGACAGAUAGAGCCGCUGCCGCUGCUGCUGUUUGUAGAGUCCGGGGAACCGUCCGGAAACCCUUUUAACGCGAUCCCGUCCCGACGUCGUGUUGUCAGACGGAGCAGCUCGGCCGGCCGGGACUCGAACCGGCGGCUGCGGCGUCGUCGUCACGGCGGCCGGUAGCAUGCCUCUAAUGUCACUUUGUUCUAUGUGUUUCCAUUAGGGAGCCGCAGGAGUAACGUUGUGUUGAGAUUAGUUUCGAUGUGUUGUAUCAGACGGUCCUCAUAGACACUGCCAGGGUUUCCCCACCGAGGAACACCUGAAGAAGAAGAAGCUUCCCAACGAAACGCAACUGAAACUGUCCGAGAGGGAAGUGUGGCCUUGUUUGCAUGAAAUCCAUACUUAUUAUUAUUAUUAUUAUUAUUAUUUAUUAAUAUCAUGAAUAAUCAACCUUUAUAGAGGAAAGCCCUGAAACAGAUCAUUAACCUGCAUCAUUAUGGACAUCUUCCUGGUUUUCACUCAGCUGAGUCUUUCAUCCAAUAUCUCUCACAUUCACAAGAAGAGAGAUCAUUUAGAUAUUUCCCUGAUAUGCAAAAUAACAACUACGAUGGCCGACAGGUGCAGACGUGCUACAACGGCCCAAACAUUUCCAUCAGGAGGAACGUGCUGCAGCUUCAGAAAGGAUGCAGAUAUAAAAACCCAAA